AUGGACAAAGAGCGGUUCCCUGACCUUCCUCCGCGACUCUUCUCGGCGAGCAAGCUUCCCGACGGUGCUCGGCUCAACAUCCACUCCAAACCUGAAUAUUUGGGGGUGUUAGUAGAAGUGCUAGACGGCACCGAGGCAUGGACCAAGAUUAGGCAGUCGCAGUUUGGGAAUCUAUUCGACCUUCCUGUUGCUAGGUGCUCUAACUCUGCCAAGCUUAUCCAUGGCAUGCUGGCCCGACAGCUUGUGACCAAGAAAAAACACGAGCUGUGGUUUGUGUAUGGCGGAUUCCCUCUUUGUUUUUCACUGCGUGAGUUCCAAAUCAUUACUGGGUUGCGUUGUGCUCCUCUGCCUUCAGAUGCAGAAGUGUCAAAUCACCAAGAUCCAACGUACUUAUCAGUUUGGAAUCGUCUUUUUGGUUACAAAAAGUUAAUCAAUGUGUCAGAAGUGCUAGACAUGCUCAGAGAGGAUGCCCUGGCUCAACCCGAGGACCGCCUUUGUGACUGGAAAAGGAUAAGCCUUGCCUUGAUUGUAAUUGUUGAGGGUGUUAUUGUGUGUAGCAACUCAAGGCCUGGGAGGGUAUCUGGCGACAUAGUUGAAAUGUUGCACGACACUGCUUUCUUCCUUGAAUACCCAUGGGGCCGGCGGUCAUUCAACGAAACUCUCUCUCGGUUUGGACCUGUUUUUGGCAAAGACGACCCCUUCGAAGAACUCAAGAGGCGGUUGUCUCAGCAAACGUCUUGUUGCUAUGGGUUCCCACUUGCUCUCCAAUUGCAAGUGCUAAGAUGCAUCCCUGCUCUAUGUAGCAAGCUCAAAGAUUCAUCGAAUUAUAGGAAUUUCAUGGAAAGGUCAUCUGAGUCCCUUUCCAGCACAGUUAUUCUUCGAGAGUCUGAUGUUAACGAUGUCGAAAAACAACCAUAUUUGACUGUAAAACACACAUUGUUACAUUCGGCCGAUAUCAACGAAUCAGAAUUGCGUUGGGAUGACGAGGAGAGUGAUCCACGUGUUGAUACCAUUCUGCGGCUGAUAUCAGAGAACCACAAAUUUACCCCCUCUCAAUGGCCUUAUGGCGAAAGACGCACAAUGGAGCGCCCCCGAGACCAAGGCAACGAGAUUCCCACCAGUGCAAAUGAUAUCCUCUCAGAUGUAGAGGAUAUAACACCGGGGAACCCUCCUACCAAAAAGGUAAAGGUCGAAAAGAAUGCAUUUGUGCGUAGACCUUUCACCCGGUCUGCUGGAAGAGUAAAUGUUGCUGAAAACUCUGGUGGUGUAAUGAUCGCAGCGUUUAGAGUUAUUGUAUGUGUUAAAUAG